GAACGGACCGGCUCAGAAACUCGACACCACUCCGACACGAUACACACACAUUCUGUUCCGAACUAAAAGAAAAAAUAAACCCAAACCCCAAAUCCGCUACCUCACGACCGUGUACGUGUAUGCGUGCGUGCGUGUGUGUGUGUGUUUACGCGAACGCGCGCCCAUCCCUGUCCGAUCAGCUUGCUGAGAUUGCCCGUGCAGUGAAGUGAAGAAAAAAAACGAAUGUGAGAAGGAAAACCCCAUGAUCCUGUAGGAAAAAGGGUACAUGUGAGUAAUGCUAGCAAGUGCAACGAUAUAAUGUGCCUUCCAUCUGUUUAAAUGCGCCACAUUGGAAUCAGUGAAGCAAAACAGUGCUGAAGAACACUACACUAAAGGAAACGCACCAAGAAAAGCCCCGAUUUCUUCAAGCAACGCUGCCUCUGCCGUCAAUCCACACCGUACAGAAAUGGCCGAACAGAACGAAAAUGCAGCGACGAAAAAGAGUGUCAAAAUUCAGGACUACAUUUCGCCGGGCAUUUCGCGAGAACGAAGCUUCAUACGCACAUCGAACCAGCAGCAAUUUUUUGAGAUGAAUAAUAGCAACAAGCGGCGCAGUUUGGCAUUCACCCAAAGUCAGGCCCAUCAGCACGCCCAACAGCAACUGCGCGAGGGCCGCCUGGAUGGAUUGGGGGCCAUGAACAACAAGCUGAACGUGCACGCGCAGGAAUUUCAAAUGAAUAAUUUACCCCUAAACGAUCAUCGGUUUCCACUGCAAAGCUCAAGAUCUCUCAACAUCUACAGCAGCUCCCUGCAGCACUCGAAGUCCAGCGUCACGAUGCCGCUGGGCAGCAUGCCCGGCCGGCAUCACGCACUGCAGCUGGGCAGCAUCGGUAGUCCCGUCCCGAGGGGAUCACUUAUGAUGCCCGCCCAUGCGCCGCUCCAUCACGUCGGGGUGCAGCUGCAACCGUCCCACAUGCCGCUGGUAAAUUCACCCUCUAGCAGCAACAUACUGCACUCCAGCGGACCACGCGUCAAGUUCGCGCCGGAACCGAUGCUUCACGCACACGCACACAGCAGCAACACGCCUCAUGCCGCCAACAGCAACAACGGUGCCGUUGGUGGCGGUGCCAACAGUAACAACACGCUACUGAAUCUGGCCCCUUUGCAGCGCUCGAAGUCACUCUCGUCGGCAGACACGCUUACGCGCGGGUUGGCCAGUCUUGGGCUGGGCAUCGGGUCGGAAGCGAACGAUAUCGGUAUGUUCUCGCCGGAGGUGCAGACCGCCAUUACCAAGGCCAUCGAGGAUCCGAACCAGCUGAAUGCACGCUGCCUGAUGGAUCUGGCGGCACAGUUGCUGCACCGUGCCGUUGAAGGGCGCCGCUACUCCCUACCGAUAUCGCGUCUCUGCAUUUCGAUCAUCGCGAAAGAGAAAAAGGAAACAUUUCUGGAGGCACUGCUCAACACCUGCCGCCAGUGGUACCAGGAGCGGGACAAGGUACUGGGCGCGAUGCAAAACUCAAAGAACCCAUCCCGGCCCCGGUUCACCUCGUUCAUGGCGUUCCUCACCGAGAUGUUCUGCCAGCUGAAGCGGCGUCAGCUGCAGCUUCGCACCGAGUGUGACGGUGUACCGCCUCCGCUGGUACUGCUUACCGUGCUCGGCAAGUGCUGUGAGGAUUGCGUUCAGCCUCCGGUUCGAUCACUCUCAGAGAUCGAAUGUUUGUUCUUCGUGCUGACCUGCAUUGGACGCGACCUGGAGACUCAUCUGCCCCAGCAGCUGGAGUCGUUGCUGGCCGGGGUACGCGAUGCGUUCCUGAACUCGGCAGCCUCAGCACCGGCCAUCCGGCGCACACUGUUGCAACUGAUCGAGCUGCAGGCCUCCCAUUGGCAGCUACCCGGAAACACGGUCCUGUAUUACUAUCCCUCUUCCAAGUAGCAACACCAACCAACACCAUACCAUACCACGGCCAACACAGAAGCCACUACGGUUCGGAGAGGAUCGACCGAUAACUGACGACCCAAUGGCCCAACGGGUAAACGGGCUGAUAUGUACACUUCUUCUUUUUUUUGUGUUCAUUUUGUUUCUUUUUUUUAAUUUAUUGAUGGACUGCAAGUCUGGUAGCGCCACCUCACGGGGUGUAGGGCACGGCCGCUCGCCGUCGCGAACGAACAAUACGAAUCGAACGGAACCAAGCAUCGAUGGUACAUUUCAUUUGGAAACGGACGCUAAACAGGCACCACCGUGUGCCGUGUGCAUGCGAUCACUUUAUUCGAAAACGUUCGAGCGAAAGAUGGACAGAGAAGAAAAACAAACCUAACGAAGCGAUCAGACUACAUUCCAUCAAAGCUGGUGAAAAAGUCACUGUAAAAGGAGUUCAACUCAUGCUGAUUUAACUAGAUACACGCAAAAAAUUAA